GAAAACGCACCGAUUUUAAGUAACAAUGUGAAGAAUCAGAGAGGGAAGGAGACGGGAAAUGGUGUAUUUCUUAUGGAUGGAACCUCUAGCCCAGGGAUCUGUGAGGAAAACGUGCACGUUACAAUAAAGUGUGAAGAACCUGAAGAGCAGAGAGACAUAGAGGAUACUCGGGUAGAGGAACCAUUGUCACCGUCAUUAGCAGGUGCAUACGAGGAACAAAACUCUGACAUUGUAAUAAAACAUGAGGAGGGAGAGGAUGAGACAGAUGACGUUUAUAUUCUUCAGAUGGAAACUAUUUCAGACGUUUCUCUUGGUACCGCACUGUGCCAGAAUUCUCCAACAGGUACCACACUGAGCCGGAAUGAUCCAGCAGGUACCACACUGAGCCGUAAUGCUCCAAUAGGUACCACACUGAGCCGCAAUGAUCCAACAGGUACCACACUGAGCCGCAAUGAUCCAACAGGUACCACACUGUGUCGUAAUGCUCCAACAGGUGCUACACUGAGCCAGAAUGCUUCAACAAGUACCAGACUGAGCCGGGAUGCUUCAACAAGUACCAGACUGAGCCAGAAUUCUUCAACAAGUACCGGACUGAGCCGUAAUGCUUUAACAGGUUCCACACUGAGCCGUAAUGCUUCAACAGGUACCACAUUGAUUCGGAAUGCAUCAACAGGUACUGCACUGAGCUGGAAUGCUCCAACAGGUACCCCACUGAGCUGGAAUGCUCCUGGAACCUAUCAGAAUUUAGUUACGGAUAUCGUGGAUUGUUGUAACAAUAUCAAUGUUCCCGGAAUUCAGAAAAAUGAUUAUUUUGAAACAUAUAGUUUCAAUGACUAUAAUACACAGCAACAUAAGCAGCAGACCGUUAACUCAAUGAAGACAUUUGAUUAUCGUGAACAGGGCAGGCAUCUUGCCAAGGAAACACAGAUUAACAAUCAGAUGACUUGCACAACGAAUAAAUCAUUAGCAUCUUCACUUGGUGGGAAAUCAUUUGCUCAUACAAUAAUUCAACAGCCAAAAAGCCCUACAACAGAAAAAUCUUUUUCAUGCAUUGAAAAAGGGAAACAUCUUACCCAGACAUUAGAUCUCCAAUAUCAGAAGUUACAUACAGCAAAAAACAUUUUUUCAUGUACUAAAUGUGGCAAAUGUUUUACGUGUCAGUUGGAGCUUCUAGCGCAUGAGAAAAUUCACAGUGGUGAUAAACCAUUUUCGUGUUCUGAAUGUGGUAAGUGUUUUGGCCAUCAAGCAGACCUUACUCUACAUUACAAUAUUCAUCAAGGAGAGAAAUCAUUUUUAUGUCCGACAUGUGGGAAAUGUUUUACCCGUAAACAAAACCUUCUCGAACACCAAAUUAUUCAUACAGGGGAAAAACAAUUUUGGUGUUCAGAAUGUGGGAAAUGUUUUGCUCAGAAAUCAACCCUUCUUACGCAUCAACGAAUUCAUAGAGGAGAGAAACGAUUUGCUUGUUCUGAUUGUGGAAAACGUUUUACCAUGAAAUACAACCUUAUAGCACAUCAGAGGAUUCAUAACGGAGAGAGACCAUUUUUAUGUUCAAAAUGUGGGAAAAGCUUUAAUCAGAAAUCGAACCUUAAUAAGCACCAAAAACGCCAUAUGAAAGAUUAAUGAAUGAAAAUGACUUUUUUUUUUAAAGUCUCCUCUUUUUUAUGUGUUCCAUGAAUAUUUAUUUAUUUGGUACUAAUGCCUAGAUAUGCCAUGGGGUGCCUUCAGAUGUUUUCAUGUUUUUCCUCAGAUUUACUCAAAGAACUUUCUAUAAAUGUUCCAAAACUGUGGUUCUGUUUCAGUGGAUGUUUCCACUCAGAUAUUUAUUACAUUAUACACACCUGUAGUCGAACCUGCAUACCUCUGAGGUUGUGGAGAUAAAUCAUCCCAAACACAUUUGUUUGGGGUGAUUGACAGGCCCUGCUUUUACGCAAUGUUGCACAAGGCAAUCGUCAUGCAGUAGUACCUGCUGGUGGAGAACAUACAAUGUCUACUGCUAGUUCGCUGCAAAAAUGGGUGGAUAGUUUCCCAAGUCAAACCUUGUCCUCUAACUCAUUAGUACAUUGAGCCCAUAAUCUCAACAUUCAGAAGUUGAUAAGAAGUUCAACUCUCCCUUAUAAUCCUGGUCAGUGGCUUCCAAAGACACAUGCAGAGCUCCUCUCUUCACAAAUCUUUUACUUUGUCAAUGUUCACUAUAAAGCCUUUUGGCAGACGUCCCAUAACCUCAUGCAAAACAAUAAAUUCUCAACUAAGUGGCUACAAAAAGGCAUUUAUGUUUCUGAGAUACAAACAUUGAUCUUCAAACAUAAACCCUUAUGGAGAUGGUUCAUAAGUGACAAGCAGUGGACAAAUCCCCAGAAUGACAGCUGAUGUUUGAAACUUAAUAUUUGCAGCUUAUCUUAUCCCAGAAGAGUCUAUUGCAAGUGGUUAUUUUACUGUGGUUCCUUAAUCUGAUAUUCUUCAUUUGAAACACUGGUUACUGUGGACCUCAUAUUGUUUAUUUUUAGUGGCAGUCUAUGUGACGUGUAUAAUUUUAAGUUGAGAUUGAUAAUAUCUAGUUCCUAAAGUAGCUGGAGGUCUGCUUUGGUUUCAAAUUGAUGCUAGGUUUCAGCAGCAGGUGUUGUGGUACUUGAAAGAAAUAGCCAUGCAACAUACUUUAGGUUUGAAGUUGACAAAAAAGGAAGUCCAGGAGUCUUCAGCACCAUUACUUUUGGACAGAGUCUGUAGCACAGAAAUAUCUAUUAUAGUCACACCAUAUUACUAAGAAUAACUCAGGUAAGGGAAAAGCCAAAGCUUUGUAUCCUUGAGUUGAAGGGGUAUAAGCCAUUCAUCCUAUCUCUUUUCAUAAAUGAUAUGUUCAACACCCCUUUUUCUACUUUAAUUAUUAAGGAGCCAGAAAACAGUGCUCUUAGAUACGGUAACCAAUUAUCAUCAUGGAGGUCAGCCAACUUGAUGGUUGAUUGACAAGUAUAGGAGCCACUAAGAAGGGUGUAAUUCAGCUAUACAAUCAUGUAUCUGUCCUUUAGAGGAGCUUAGCACAGUUUGACAAGCUCUAGUUUUCUAUGAUCCACAAAUGUCCACAAGGAAUUUGUUACUGACAAAACAAAUCUGAUACAGGUUGUAGGUUGCAUUGUUCUCUCAGUUGUCUUGUAUGCAUAUUUUCUCAAUAAAGGUGAUUAUAAGUUUUUAUAAUGGGG